AUGGUGGAUCUCACCGAAGCUCACAUACAGGUUCCCGAAGCUGAGAAGGAGGUCCCUUCUGCUGAGGAGGAGCAACCCGAGCAGGGUCUGACGAGGAAGAGGCGCCACUCGACCUUGGGCUCUACUUCGACCUCGGCCCUGGAUAGACUGAUCCACGCUGACCCUUGCUCGGAUGUUCCGCUGAAACGGAUCCCCGAGGAGGUAAGGGAGGCGAUGGCUCGCUAUGCUAGAGCUCCGGUUUUGGGGGAGAACCCCAUGGCUCACGUGGGAUCUUUGGUGGGUCCCGAAGCUGCACGGGAGAAUCUUCUUCGGGCCAACCCGCAGUGGAGGGUUCCUGGAGCUGAGGAGAGGAACCCAGCUAUGAUGGCCCAAUAUUAUCUGAAUGAGGCUGUUUUCUGGUCCUCGUUCGCUUCCGAGUGCAGCUCGGUUGAGGAGAGGCAACUGAGGAGGUAUCAGGAGGCUUAUGCUCGUGAUAUCCCUGUCUUGGACCAGAAGGCUGGGCAGCUCUUCGCCGAGAUGGUGGACCUCAAGCAACUGUACCUUCAGUACAGUCGUGAGGCUAGGGAAUCGGCGGAGCAGAUCGGGGCCGAAAGAGAAACUGAGAAAAAACUAUCCCCUUCUCUUUUUCUCUCUCUUAACUAUCCUUAA